CGAGUGGUUUUUCCAGUUAAAAGAUUCCUUAAAGAAUUCCAUGAACGUCUUCAGUGGUUUCAGACAAAUUCAUCAAACCCGCCCAUCCCCUGUCCACGCCGACCUCUCUUUCUCUAUCUAAGAAUUGGAUGAGCUGCUAAAGCAUUAUGGCUUCUUUCUAUGCUCCCCUGCCCCAUGCUUACAACUACAACCUUAAUUUUUCCGGCAAACCUCUCAUCUUCUCCGCAUAUCCAAAACGCCUCUUCUCCUCCUGCUCUAGAACCAAGCUCAUUGCAUCUUCAUCUUCUCCAAAUGAUGCCUCCAGUGCUCCUGGAGACAGCGCCGCAAGCUGCAGCAGUUUCUGCAUUAUAGAAGGGCCAGAGACUGUCCAGGAUUUUGUUCAGAUGCAGCUGCAGGAGAUCCAAGAUAACAUUAAAAGCCGACGCAAUAAAAUUUUUCUUCUUAUGGAAGAAUUGAGGAGGCUGAGAGUCCAACAACGCAUUAAAAGCAUGGAAUGGGAGCCUGAUGAUGAAAAUGAGAUGCCGGAUAUACCAUCAUCAAUUCCCUUUCUUCCUCAUCUAACCCCAAAGACACUGAAGCAGCUGUAUUUGACAAGCUUUUCGUUCAUAUCUGGAAUUAUUGUAUUUGGGGGUCUCAUUGCACCAACUCUUGAGCUAAAAUUGGGUAUAGGAGGAACUUCGUAUGAAGACUUUAUAAGCAAAAUGCAUUUGCCUAUGCAACUAAGUCAGGUAGAUCCUAUUGUAGCCUCGUUCUCAGGUGGGGCGGUGGGGGUUAUUUCAGCAUUGAUGCUACUAGAGAUUAACAAUGUUGAGCAGCAAGAGAAGAAAAGAUGCAAAUAUUGUCAUGGAACUGGAUACUUGUCAUGUGCCCGCUGUUCAGCAAGCGGUCUGUGUGUGUCCAUUGAACCAAUUGUGACAAGCGCUACUGAUCGUCCGUUGAAUGCACCAACUACUAGAAGGUGUCAGAAUUGCUCUGGUUCUGGAAAGGUAAUGUGCCCCACCUGCCUUUGCACCGGGAUGAUAAUGGCUAGUGAGCAUGACCCUCGCAUUGAACCAUUCGACUAGAGGGAAAGGGCGCCUUGGCCGCUUAGAUUGAUUGGAUCAAUUCCCCCCAACUGUCUUGUUUGAAAUAAUAUCGAGCUCAGCUAACCCCAAUCAUCAUAUUUCAACAAUGUGAUGUUGUAUUAUCGAACGAUGUAUACUAUGUUUGUUAUGACAAGAGUUGUAAGGAGUGUGGACGUCCUCAAACGAUUGACAAUUAUAAUUAACAAAUGUUACAACGUUUGUACCGCAA